CCACUAACAAAAAUUACGACAAAUUAAAACUACCUAUUUCCUUUAUUCCUAAAGUUUCGUUUAAAUAUAUAAAAAACUGCUAGAUUAAUAUUAUCCUGAUUGUUUUAAAACUUGACAAAUAUCUGGAAUAUGGGUGAUAAAGAACUUCAUGCACAUACAAGAAAAUAUGGAGACUCACAAAUACCUACGAUCAAUGACCCAAUAAAAAACUUCAACGCAUUUCUCUCAUUGGAAAAUUGCGAACAAUUUAUCGAAAAACAAAAUCAUACAGAUCGAGUUAAUAAAAUCAGAGAAGUACUCACCACAUACAUCAGGGAAACAGAAUUUUUGUACUCAAAAUAAUUAAAAAAAGUGACUGAUUAGUUCUUAAUAAAUGACAAAACAAAAC